UCUUCCAGUUCAAAUUCACUCUUCUUUCUUCUUCUUCUUCCCUCAAAACUCCAGUGAAGUGAUAUCUCCCGUGACAGACGAGUGAAGGAAGGUAUUUUCGAUCUACUACAACUAGCACAUUCAAACUUUAAUCUUGAUUUCCUUAUUUUGAUUUAUCAUUUAUUUAGAAUAACGCGGUCUGAUUCGAAAACCCUAACUUAUCCGAAUGAAAUCUAGGUUUUCUGAAAGAGAAAUGGUUUUCAUUCAGUAAGAAACAACCAGUAGAAACAUCAUCGUCAUCUGUCUUUUUCAGAGAUUAGAAUCCAGAAAUUAUGUCUGAUUAAUUAGAGAAAUUUUUUAAUCCGAAACCCCCCCAAUAUUUGUCUGAUUACAUGAUUGAGCUCUCUUUAAUAAUUCAGCAAUUGAAAUUACGUUGUUAGGGUUUUGGAUUCAAAAACAUAAUAAUAGGAAGUGAGAAUUAUGUUUGAUUAAUUGCAGAAACUCUCAUAUAUUCCCCUAUCUCUUUUUACUUGUGAAUCAUUGAUAACGUUGGAGCUUGGAGGAGUUCUCCAUGCUUUCACCUUUCCUAGACGUAUCUCUUUUCCAAGACUCAAGCGCCUUAAACUUUGGGGAUUUAGGUUCAGCGAUGAGUGCUUGAAUGGUUUUUCAAAUUUCCCUGUCCUUGAAGAAUUGAUUCUGCAAAAGUGCGAGUUUCGUUUGAGGAAUUUCUGUGUUUCAUUUCCUACAUUGAAGCUAUUUAUGCUUGGGAACACGAAGAUGGUUUACUAGACUCUGAUAAUGUUGCAAAAGAAAAUGUGUUGUCUAGCUUUCCAGCACUGGAGGAAGCAGUUGUUCACUAUUACUCUAAAGAAAAUGUUGCAGCAGUAAAUGAGUUACUUCGAGCCAUAGCACAUGUAAAAUGUCUAACAGUCAGUGACCUAAUACUGGAGGCUUUUUGCUCUGCAUACAUUCCGCCACGCAAUUUGCUGACGUUUCACAAUGUCAACAUGUUGAGAGUAUCUGAAGAUAUAACCAUUGAUCAAGAACUAAUUGCUUUCCUCAGCGCAGUACCUAAUCUGGAGUCACUCUUAUUUACCAAGUUAAGUUUUACAGAUGAAGACACUGAUGAGGAAGGCAGUGAUGAGGAAGACAGUAAUUGGGAAGAUCGUGAUGAGGACGACAGUGAUGAUGACAACGAAGAUGAUAGAUUGGUGCCUGAUAGAUGUCUAUUCCCACUCCUUGAAUCAGUGUCCUUUCAGCAAUUUGUUGGGGACCCAAAGGAGCUGAGGUGGGUGAAACUAGUUUUGAAGACCGCUAAAGCUUUGCAAAGGCUCACUAUUGGUUACAAAGCGAAAAGGGGAAAAGAUUUUGAGGGAGAGAUACAAAGUUUUCCAAGAGCCUCGCCAGGUUGUGUGAUUAAGUUUUUUCGUUGCUAGCUACAGUUACAAAUUUCAGUUAUGGUUUCAAUUUCUGUUUGAUAACAAAGGUCUGUAAUCCAAGAUCAAAUAAAUUACUGUACAAGUUUUGCGGAUACCUGUACAUUUCUGGCCAGCGUAUUUCAUGAAUGCAGCAAGAUACUUGUCCAUUUGCCA